AAAUGCUUUAUAAUUAUAAUUCUUUUCUAAACAGUUAUUAGGUUGCUUUCCAGCUUAAAAUGUGGAGACAAAUUGCUCUUAAAGAGGCUAUCAAAGGACUAUGAAGGCAGUAUGCUGAGUGAACACAUUAACUAAGUUAACAGGAGAAGGGGGCUGAGUCUCACGAUGUGCCCACCAUGAAGAAGGCAGCUGCAGAAGGCAUCGAGGUUACUUUUGAAGAUCAACAAAAGAUAAACAGAUUUGCAUGGAAUACAAGUAGAAUCACAGAGCCGAAGGAAGAAAUUGAUGUAAAAAAGAAACAACUCCAAAAUUUAGAAGAUGGUGCUUGCAAGGACAUCAUGCUUGCAGAUGACAACUGCUUAAUGAUACCUUAUCAAAUUGGUAAUGUUUUCAUUAGCUAUUCUCAAGAAUAAACAUAAGAAAUGUUAGAAGAAGCAAUGAAAAAUUUGCAAGAAGAAAUUGAUGCCUUAGAAUCCAAAUUGGAAUGCAUUCAGCAGAUUUUAGCAGAUUUGAAAGUUCAGUUAUGUUCAAAAUUUGGGAGCAACAAAAGCUUUAAAGCAGAUGAAAGUUAA